AUGUGGGACUUUGUGCAAGUCACUGCGGUGGCGACACGUGUCAUGGAGAUUAGGUUUGGGUAUGUUGGUUUGGAGGAUCAAUUGGAAGAAACCAUGCCUGGUGAAGAAAUCGAUCGAUCUCUGCUAUGGAAGAAGGCAAGAGAAGAUAAACAGGGAAACAUCCCUAAUCCAAAGGUUACAGAGAAGGCAAAAUUAAUUGAUGAUUUGAAAAAACAAGUCUCCGAGGGAACUCUGACUGUCUCUGGGAGCAACGAUGUUUUGACCUUGGCUUUGGGAACCCCUGACCAUGACGGAAGGGUCAGAGGUGUUGGAGUUGGGGUUGCCCCAACUCAAUUCUUCAAUUUGCCGAGACAGAAGAGAGUAAAAUUUGCUGACAAAUUGAAGGAAAGUGUUAUGGCAGCAGUGAGAGAGGAAACCAAAAAGAUGGAGGCCAGGGCAAAGGAAAGUGUUAUGGAGGCAGUCAGAGCAAAGAGGGAAAUUAUGUUGAAACAAUUCAGUCAACUAAUUCCCAACUUUGAUCCCAACUUGCUCAGUAAAAUUCCAACUACACCAACUACACCAAUUACUCCAAUUCCUCCAAUUCCUCCAAUUCCUCAAGAGCAAAGCCCAAAAAAUCCAAUGUCUGAUAAAAUAAGUUGCUCUAAUGUGAGAGCCCUUGAAUUGAAUGAAGACAAUCCCACGAAUGAUGCUGAUGCUGAUGAAAAUCGUCAAGAUCAAACGGAUCUCUCAAAGCUUGACAUGCCAGCUCCUCUGUUAGCUCUAUGCCAAUAUGUCGAGACCAAGUUAAAGCCUGCUAACGAGACCAUUAGAGUUCACAUGCCUAAGGAAAUGUUUGGCACUGAUCAUGAAACCUAG